UUGUUGCGGGAUUAGACCGGAAGUAUCAAGAGUGCUGUCUCACUUCAACAUUUUGCUUUUUGAUUCACUACGGUGCCCCGAUAAAAGUGAGAAUGGAGUUUUUGAUAGGGAUCCAAGGGAAGGAUUUCAUUCUGACAGCUUGUGACAUGGUUUCUGGAAGAAGUGUCAUUGCCAUGAAGCAAGAUCAUGACAAGAUGCACAAGUUGAGUGACAAACUCCUCAUGCUGGUGACUGGCGAGUCCGGGGACACAGUGCAGUUUGCAGAAUACAUAUCCAAAAAUAUUCAGUUGUACAAAAUGAGAAAUGGAUAUGAAUUAUCUCCACAUGCGGCGGCCAACUUUACUCGCAAGAACCUGGCAGACUACCUAAGAAGUUCUACUCCGUACAUGGUGAACAUGCUGAUUGCUGGGCAUGAUGAGGACGAGGGACCUGUGCUGUACUUCAUGGACUAUCUGGCGUCUCUCAACAAACUGCCAUUCGCUGUACAUGGAUACGGCAGCCUCUUCACCAUGAGCAUCAUGGACAGAUACUACAAGAAAGACAUGAACCAGGAAGAGGCGAUGACCCUGUUGCAGCAAUGUAUUGAUGAGGUCCAGAAGCGAUUCAUCGUCAACUUACCUAACUUCAGAGUACGACUUGUGACAAAGGAAGGUAUCAAGGAUCUACCCAUCAUCAAACCCAAGCCCCUUGUUGUGUCAAGUUGAUCUCCUUUACUAUCUACAUCAUUAUUCUGUGUUUCACCGGCCAACUCCCAGAUGACUUGCUCCUUCAACAUGACAGUGUAUCUUUCAAUUGUUGACUCAUCUUGUUGCUGUGUCGAGAUUUAGAAGUGCUCAUCUCCUGCUACAGUUAUGCUUGGACAUAACGUGGCUUGUAAUUUCUCACCAAGGCAGGGAGGUUCUGUGGGAGUUGGCUUAAGCAUCAAUGUCAAUGUCAAGUGUCAGAGACCAACCUAUUUACAUAUUCAAUGUACAUUCAUAGUUAUGUCACAAGACGUAAGUUGUGAACUGACUUGUUCAUUGACAGAAAUAAAAUGUGAAAACUAA